UAAAAGUGAAAGUUUAUGGUUUCAUUUCAGGUUUAAUACAUGUUGUUUUCGAAUUUUCUUUAUGUUUCGCCUUGUCUACAUAUUACUUUAAACGUGAAUUCAAAUUGUGUAAUCUUAAAAGAAUAACGCGAUAUUAUAAUGGCCGAUUCAGGAGUGGAUACUGGCAACGAAAGUAGCGACAAUACAGUAUUUGAUCAUCCUCAUCAAGUUUUUGAAUUCAGCCCUCCACCAAUACCAAUAAACAUUGCUGGGCUUCCCAUGCCUAUUGACUUUUUUGGUGAAGCGCAUGAUCAUAUUGGGAAAAUAAAGUUUUGUACCAAUGCGAGGCAUUGUCGUCGCAAAUAUAGAAACUGCAAUCUAUUAUCAUACUUUCCUAAAAACAAAAAGCUUAGAUUUGCUGCUGGCACAAAUAAUACAGAAUUAGUAGAGAAGCUUUUACAAGCAGGUGCAGAUCCUAAUUACACAGAUAAACAUUUGAGGAGUCCACUACACUUGGCAGCUUGCCGUGGAUACACUGAUGUUGUUAAAAUUCUUAUCAAAUAUGGUGCUAACCCAAACAUAAAAGAUACUCUUGGAAAUACACCUUUGCAUUUAGCUGCUUGUACAAGCCACAUUUCUGUUGUCACAGCUUUACUGGGUGCAGGUACAGAUGUUAGCUCUAAUGAUAAAAAUGGCAGGACUCCUUUACAGCUUGCACAGAGUAAACUGAAGCUCAUUAAGAUGAGACCAGGGAUUCAUGCAACUCAGGCACUGCUCAGUGAAAUCCGUCUAAUAGUUGAGAUGAUGUUGAAGUACAUGGAAAUUCAAAAAGCAGAUUCAGGAGAAUUAGAAUCUGUUUGUAAAAGAUUAGAAAAUAUAAGUACAAGGGAGCAAGUUGACUCAGAAGUUCAAAAUUUACUUGAUAGUUUGGAUUCAUUAAAAUUAAGGUAAAAAGGUAAUUUAUUUUGUAAAGAAUAGUCUUAGAUAUUAAUUUUAUACAUUUAUAAUACAUAUUAUAAUAAGAGUUGUUUGGUAUUGUUAUUUAAUGUCUAACCUCAGCAAACAGUGUACUUGUUGUUUCAAUAAGUAAUUACUUUGUUUGUAAUUCUUGUCUUUAUAAAUUGGAAAGAAAAAUUUGAUAAGAAAAGCAAAUCAAUUAUUGCUAUAACGGUCAAAUAAAUUUUUUAUAUACAUGCUUAGUGUUUCAAUACUAAUGAUGCACAUCGUAAUGCAUAUGAACUUGGAGUUGGAAGGAUUUCCUUCUUUAACUGUAGUUAAUUAUAAAAGCCAUGUUUAGAACUUGCAGAAUGUCACUCAAGAAUGUGAAUCAAUGUUUUAGCCUUGGUUUAAGAGAGAUUCUAUUUACAGUUUAUUUGUAAAGAACUUAGAUAUCAGUAAAUAUAUUGCCUACUUAUGUUUUAAAUAUAAUAGGUUCUAGUGUUAAUCAUUUAAUUAUUGUGUAAGAAGAUUACACAGACCAUUUUACUUGUCAAAAUCUAGAUUUCAUAGUAUGAGAUAACUACAAUUGCUUUCAAUUAUUCUUUAUCAUAAAAAUAAAUACAAUCUUUGCAAAUGUCAGAUGAAUAUGCAGCAUUGAAUAAGCAUGUUUACAAAUUUUUUGAUUAUAUGAUUUAAUGAAGA